ACCACAAAACCACCAUAUUUCAUAUAUCUACACCAUUUAGAUUUAACCUAUCAACAUCUAAAUUUUGAUCACUGAUUGUAUGAGUACUCAAAACGCCAAAGAUCGCCCCACGCUCCAGGGUCAACGUAUUAAGACCAGAAAACGAGAUGAAAAGGAGAAGUUCGACGCCCGUGCAUUCCGCGACGCGAUCUUCGCCGGCAUCGACCAAUCAGCGGCCGAUUUGGACGCCCUCUCGAAGUUCUUGGACACCUCUAAACUAGACUAUCGUCUGUACGGCGAGACUCUAUUCGACAUACUUAUCGCCGGCGGACUCUUAGCGCCGGGCGGUUCCAUCGUCGAAGAGCCGGGCGAUCAACAGUCGCGCACUGAGACCUCGGUGUUCGGCGCCAAAGGCGACGACGAGUCCCUUCGGGCGUGGGCUCAGGUGGUGACCAAACUGUUGCGUCGCUACAAGUUCUUGGAGAAGACGUUGGAGGAGUCGCUGAAGAAGAUUAUUGUCUUUCUCAAGGCGUUCACCGCCGAAGAGCGCGCAAAAUUGGCCAAAUUUGCCGGCGUUUUGGUGGCCGGAGGACUCAUUUCGCCCAAUUGGUUGGCCGCCGCUCUUCAGGACCAUCUCGUGAAGGACGGCAUUGCGGCCGAGUUUUUGGUGGAUGUCCUGAAGCUGUGGCAGUCCGAUAAGGACGCCACGCAGGUGUGGAACGCUCUCCGCAAGUCUGGCCUCGAGUCCAAGCUAUUG